GCAAAGGAGUGUUUUUCUCCAGAAAGCCUCUUGUUGCGUCGUUUUAUGAAUGAAUGAGGUGGUUGCGUUCGUCGUUAUAAAUUAUGCGAGUCUAAUGGGAUUUGCUCUGAAGUACCUCGAAGUGCCUGCGUCUUUCUCUUUCUCGUCCGACAAGUCGGCGGCGGCGGAGGAGGGGGGAUAGACGUGGAGGGGAGUCUAGCAGGUCGCUCAGGUGGAAGACGCGGAGGGUCGCACGCACACCCAAGUUCCGCGGCGACCGCGGUGAUAGGCCUGUCUCUUAUACACAUCUAGAUGUGUAUAAGAGACAGGAAGUACCUCGAAGUGCCUGCGUCUUUCUCUUUCUCGUCCGACAAGUCGGCGGCGGCGGAGGAGGGGGGAUAGACGUGGAGGGGAGUCUAGCAGGUCGCUCAGGUGGAAGACGCGGAGGGUCGCACGCACACCCAAGUUCCGCGGCGACCGCGGUGAUAGGCUUUGAUCGUGAGGAAGACGCGGCAAGAACACACACGGAGAGAGAGAGAGAGAGAAAGAGAGAGAGAGAGAGGAGCAGAACCUCGUGGGCGAUGGCGCAAGGGCCUGCGAAUGGCUCUGGCAGUAUUGUCCGCGAUAGCGGUGCUGGAGGUAGUCGACCAACAGCAGCAAUGGGUGUAGGUUAUACCCCGAAGAUUAUCCUGAUAACUGGUGCGGCGGGAUUCAUUGGUUCCCAUGUCGCCAAUCGUCUCGUCCGUCUCUAUCCUCAUUACAAGAUUGUCGUUUUGGACAAACUGGAUUACUGCUCCAAUUUGCGUAAUCUUGAGCCAUCCAUGCGCUGCCCUAAUUUCAAGUUCGUGAAGGGCGACAUCGCCAGCGCGGAUCUGGUCAAUUAUCUUCUGUUGACCGAGAAGAUCGACACCAUCAUGCAUUUCGCUGCUCAAACGCAUGUCGAUAACUCUUUUGGCAAUUCUUUCGAGUUCACGAAGAACAACAUCUACGGUACUCACGUGCUGUUGGAGGCGUGCAAGGUGGCGGGAACCGUACGGCGCUUUAUCCACGUCAGCACGGACGAGGUGUACGGCGAGACGGAGGCGGACGCCAUUGUUGGCAAUCACGAGGCGUGCCAGUUGCUUCCGACGAAUCCGUACUCGGCGACGAAGGCCGGUGCGGAGAUGCUUGUGAUGGCGUACGGACAGUCGUACGGUCUUCCUUUCAUCACGACACGUGGCAACAACGUGUACGGUCCUUGCCAGUUCCCCGAGAAACUCAUUCCGAAGUUCGUCCUCUUAGCCAAGGCCGGCAGGACGCUGCCAAUCCACGGCGACGGCUUGAACGUGCGGAGCUACUUGUACGCGGAGGACGUGGCGGAGGCUUUCGAGGUCGUUCUUCACAAGGGUGAGGUCGGCCACGUGUACAACAUCGGGACGAAGAGGGAGCGGACGGUGCUCGAGGUGGCUAAAGAAAUAUGCAAGUUGAUUGGUCGCGAUCCCGACACGACGAUCGAGUACGUGGAAGAUAGACCGUUCAAUGAUCACAGGUAUUUCCUGGACGAUGCGAAGCUCAAGGCGUUGGGAUGGGCGGAGAAGACGCCGUGGGAGGAAGGGCUGAAGAAGACCAUGCAAUGGUAUCUUGCCAAUCCGAAUUACUGGGGCGACGUCUCGGGGGCAUUAGUGCCUCAUCCAAGGGGGAUGAUUUUUGGCGGGGAGAAGUCGCUAGUCUUGGGAGAUGAGGACGAGCGGAGCCAGGCAGAGGCCGGCGAGCGACGCGUCGUGGCUCCUGUGUUGUCGCUGCUUCCCCCGAGCGCGAUGGGGGUCAAGGACUCGUGGAAUGCGCUGCCGAAAACGCCGACGGGGAUGGUCGUGCCUCCUCGAUUGAAAGUCGCCAGCAUUCCCAUGAAGGCGUUGAUCUAUGGGCGCACGGGUUGGAUCGGCGGGUUGUUGGGCAAGCUGUGUGAGCAGCAGGGCAUUCCGUACGUGUAUGGCUCUGGUCGCUUGGAGGACAGAGCUUCUCUGGUGGCUGAUAUCAUGGCGGCGAAGCCUACGCACGUCUUCAGUGCCGCGGGCGUGACCGGAAGACCGAACGUGGACUGGUGUGAGAGCCACAAAGAGGAGACGAUUCGCGCGAACGUGAUCGGAACCCUAAAUCUUGUCGACGUGUGCAAGGUGCAUAACCUGCACGUCACCAACUUCGCGACCGGAUGCAUUUUCGAGUACGACGACGCGCAUUCCCUGGGCUCUGGCGUUGGCUUCACGGAGGAGGAGAGGGCGAACUUCGCUGGCUCCUACUACUCGUUCACUAAGGGCAUGGUGGAAGAGCUUCUGAGAGUGUACGACAAUGUCUUGACUCUGAGGGUGAGAAUGCCGAUAACCUCGGAUUUGACGAAUCCUAGGAACUUCAUCACGAAGAUCACGAGGUACGAGAAGGUGGUGAACAUCCCGAACUCGAUGACAGUGCUGGACGAGUUGCUGCCUUACGCUAUCGAGAUGGCCAGGAGAGGAUUGAAAGGCAUCUAUAACUUCACCAAUCCGAAGCCAAUCAGCCAUAACGAGAUAUUGGAGUUGUAUAGGGAUUACGUCGACCCGAGUUUCAAGUGGGCGAACUUCACGCUGGAGGAGCAGGCAAAGGUCAUCGUCGCGGCGAGGAGUAACAACGAGCUCGACAUGACGAAGAUGAAGAAGGAAUUCCCUGAAAUGCUCGACAUUCGGGAUUCGCUCAUCAAGUACGUCUUCGAGCCUAACAGGCGGGUGCCGAAAGAGACGACAACGACGAAGCUACCGCUGGAGCCUUCUGUUGUCACCUCGUCGGUUGGUGCUACCAAUGGCCACCUGGGCGCUGUCUGCUGACCUUAACCUCCUUCAUUCAUUUCAUCAUCGUCCAAGGAAUGCUGUUGUUGUUGUUGUUUUCUUCUUCCCUGAUAAGGAAAGUGAGGGCGCUUAAAAAAAGCGCUGUCCUGUCCGCAUUAAGUUGGGUGCAUCCGUGUCUAUUUUUUUUAUCUAUAGAUGUGUUGUUUAUUUUCGAAGAGCGAGCGAGCGAGCGAGAGAGAGAGAGAGAGAGAGAGAGAGAGCGAGAGAGCGAGCGAGAGAACGACACAGAGAGAGAGAGAGAGAGAGAGAGAGAGAGAGAGAGGUUGUUUGUGCCCUUUUGGAGAGACGAAGCGCUGUGUAGAGGUAGUGAGCGCGAGAUGUUUAGCGUUCCAUUUUUUGGGCAUUUCUUUUCUUCGACUUUUGCAUUGUGACGUCGCCCUUCUCUGGCGACAAGGAGUUGAUGUGGAUUCCUCUCUUCUGUUUUGGCUUUUCCGUUUUGUGGUUCUUUUGGUCGCAGUUCGUGGAAUUUUCUCGGUGGUUCGGGUGGUGGCAAGAUUGCCACCCUUUCUUAAGGGAUUGUACUGCCGGUAGUCUGUUAUGCUCGAUUACGGUGAAAUCACUCGAAUGCAUGUAAUCGAUUACGGUGAAAUCACUGAAAUGCAUGUAAUCGAUUACGGUGAAAUCGCGGGGGUGCAUGUAAUCGAUUACGGUGAAAUCACUUAAAUGCAUGUAGCGAGUAUUUAGCGUUGUGGGUGGUUGAGACUCUUUGAGAGUAACGAAGGCGGCUUCGUAUUAGGAGCCUGAAGUGGAAAAUAAUGGUGGUUGGUAGUGCUGACCGCUGUCAAGUCGUCGCUGCUGCAGGUCUUCGAAUAACUUGAGUGGUAGGAUCGCGCGCGCGAGCAGGUUCAUUAUUGGUGAACUAUGGGGGGCAAGGAUCUAACCAAGGAAUGGGUCUCUGUACGUCACCAAUGUGUGCGAUUAUCGACCAGAGCGUUGACAUUGGUGCUGGAGGACCGGUCGAAGGCGGAUGUCCGUUUCCGCAACUCAUUUUAUUACUAUUAUUAUUUCUGUUUACAUUUUAUUCGCUCAUCAGAUAUUGGCACGAUCGAUC